UAAGGGGUCCCCUCUGCCUCCAGGUCCCGAGAGCCGUCUCAGCCGCUGCCGGCCAGUCGUUUCCGGAGAAUCGAGGAAAACCCACCAGGAACCGAAAAUGCCGAAACCAAUCAAUGUCCGCGUUACCACCAUGGACGCAGAGCUGGAGUUCGCCAUCCAGCCGAAUACGACGGGGAAACAGCUUUUCGAUCAGGUCGUUAAGACUAUCGGCCUCCGGGAAGUGUGGUACUUUGGCCUCCAGUAUGUAGAUAAUAAAGGAUUUCCUACCUGGUUGAAACUUGAUAAAAAGGUGUCAGCCCAGGAGGUCAGGAAGGAGAAUCCUCUCCAGUUCAAGUUCAGGGCCAAGUUCUACCCUGAAGACGUGUCUGAGGAGCUCAUCCAGGACAUCACGCAGAAGCUUUUCUUCCUCCAAGUGAAGGACGGCAUUCUCAGCGACGAGAUUUACUGCCCUCCUGAGACGGCAGUGCUCCUCGGCUCGUACGCAGUGCAGGCCAAGUUUGGGGACUAUAACAAAGACACGCACAAGUCUGGGUACCUCAGCUCCGAGCGCCUGAUCCCCCAGAGAGUCAUGGACCAGCACAAGCUCACCAGGGAUCAGUGGGAGGACCGGAUCCAGGUGUGGCACGCCGAGCACCGCGGGAUGCUCAAAGACAGCGCGAUGCUGGAGUAUCUGAAGAUUGCCCAGGACCUGGAAAUGUACGGCAUCAACUAUUUUGAGAUAAAAAAUAAGAAAGGAACAGACCUGUGGCUCGGAGUGGAUGCCCUCGGACUAAAUAUUUAUGAGAAGGACGACAAGUUGACCCCAAAGAUUGGCUUCCCGUGGAGUGAAAUCAGGAACAUCUCUUUCAAUGACAAAAAGUUUGUCAUUAAGCCCAUCGACAAGAAGUCCCCUGACUUCGUGUUCUAUGCACCUCGCCUGCGCAUCAACAAGCGGAUCCUGCAGCUCUGCAUGGGGAACCACGAGCUGUACAUGCGCCGCAGGAAGCCCGACACCAUCGAGGUGCAGCAGAUGAAGGCCCAGGCCCGGGAGGAGAAGCACCAGAAGCAGCUGGAGCGGCAGCAGCUGGAAACGGAGAAGAAAAGGAGAGAGACCGUGGAGAGAGAGAAGGAGCAGAUGAUGCGGGAGAAGGAGGAGCUGAUGCUCCGGCUGCAGGAUUAUGAGCUGAAGACCAAGAAGGCCGAGAAAGAGCUGUCCGACCAGAUUCAGCGGGCCCUGCAGCUGGAGGAGGAGAGGAAGCGCGCGCAGGAGGAGGCCGAGCGGCUGGAGGCCGAGCGCAUGGCCGCGCUGCGCUCCAAGGAGGAGCUGGAGAAGCAGGCGGUGGAUCAGAUAAAGAGCCAGGAGCAGCUGGCCGCGGAGCUCGCGGAGUACACCGCCAAGAUCGCGCUCCUGGAGGAGGCGCGCAGGCGCAAGGAGGACGAGGUGGAGGAGUGGCAGCACAGGGCCAGAGAAGCCCAGGAUGACCUGGUGAAGACCAAGGAGGAGCUGCACCUGGUGAUGACGGCACCCCCGCCGCCGCCCCCCGCGUACGAGCCUGUGGGCUACCACGUCCAGGACAACCUGCAGGACGAGGGCACGGAGAACUCGGGCUACAGCGCCGAGCUGUCCAGUGAGGGCAUCCUGGACGACCGCAACGAGGAGAAGCGGAUCACCGAGGCCGAGAAGAACGAGCGUGUGCAGCGGCAGCUGAUGACUCUGUCCAAUGAGCUGUCCCAGGCCAGGGACGAGAACAAGAGGACCCACAACGACAUCAUCCACAAUGAGAACAUGAGGCAAGGCCGGGACAAGUACAAGACGCUGCGGCAGAUCCGGCAGGGCAACACCAAGCAGCGCAUCGACGAGUUCGAGGCCAUGUGAAGGCCUGGCCUGGAAGGGGCCGGGCGGGCCGGGCGGGGCCUCAGCGCCUGCGCUCUGCUGCUCCGCCCAGGGUCACGCUCAGACUCUAAAACUCGUGUUUGUAGUUCUCUAAGUCUAGACCCCUCUUCGUACUCCAGUUCCUUUAAAAAGAGAGUAGUUAUUUCAGUGGGAAUAUUCUGGGGCUGGGACCAGUGGGAGCUUCCCUGGUUUAUUUUUCCCAUCUGUAUCAUAGUGCCAAACAGGCCUGAUUUUUAUUAUUAUUAUUAUCGAAUCACUUCCUGUCUUAUGCUUGGAGCAGGGCUGGUCGAAUUAAAGAAAGAUGCCUGUAAAGUCUGGAUGACAAACUCCAUGCUGGCAUGUGUGAUGCGCGAUUCAGUAUAAUUAAAACCACAUCGUGGCUUAUA